AUGUACGGUCAGCAGUUUCCACAAAACAGCCUUUAUGGCACCCCUAACAUGAUGUCAUACCACGGUGUGAUGCAACCACCGAUAUCUCCCCAGGGAACAGCUCCUGGCAUGCUGUCAAACUACAAUAACAACCCUAAUCGUGGUGGAUACGAUGCCUCACAAGCCAACCGGAAUAUGGGACAACGCCAACCUCCGCGUCAGCGCAAUAACGAAAUUGGCGAGGUGAGCCGUGUUAUUCAUAUGCGCAACAUUACCCCCAACGUGACGCAGCUGAGCAUUCAGAAUCUUGUUCAGAACUUUGGAAAUAUUAAACACAUUGUUAUGCUUCGGCAGAUGAACCAGGCACUUGUAGAGAUGGAGUCCACUAAGAGCGCACAGCAGUUGGUGGACUUUUUCCGUCAAACAGGAUAUGCCGAAAUUGAUGGAAGACGUGUGUACAUUCGCUACAGCAAUCAUCAGGAGCUUACUGCCACUCAACACACAAGCAAAACGCUACUGGUUUCCAUGUUUAAUACCCAGUAUGAUGUUUCUGCGGCAGCGCAGAUUACACCCAUGAUUGUUUACCAAAUAUUUGGUAAUUACGGUAGCGUGCAGAAAAUUGUGGUUUUGCCCAAGAAUGAGUCCAGUCAGCGCAAUCAUAACCGUGUUCAAGCCUUGGUGCAGUUUGACAGCAAGGUGACUGCAGAAAACGUGAAAAGUAUCCUGCAAGGCCAGCCUGUGACAAUUGGCGACACGGUCACGUUUACGCUUGACAUUCAAUUUUCACGCAUGGAUGACAUCAAGACUAGCAAUCCUGCCAUAUCGCUGGUGAUUAACGAGGACGGUGUUCCCCAGCCUCCGCAACCACCGCAGCCGCCGAUGGCACCACCGCCACCGCCACCGCCACCAGCGCCGCAGCAACAGCCGCACCCGUCCCCACAACAGCAGCAGGUGCAGGGAGGAAACAUGUAUCCUGUUAUCCCACAGCAGUGGAGCUAA